ACAAGCACAAGUCACGGUGGUCCGAUCGUCAUUCGCGUGAGUAAUAAUUUCGUCAUUACAUAGGAGAACGGUAAAAUGCAUGAAAAACAUUAAAAUCAGAUUUGAACAACUAAGCCAAGUUCACAAUGUAAUCACGUGCCGCGCAUAUCGCGCAUUUUCCAAGUAAUAAUCGACGAGGUUCAAAGAUGGCCAUGUUUAGUUGAUGAUGAUCUGUCAAACGUCACACGCUCGACGGUUGUUCACGAGGAAUGGAAGCCAAGGAAAUAUGUGCAUGAGACUACAGUGCCUUUAUUAUCAUUGCCAUUGAAGAGGACUCGACCAUUCGUCGGUUCAUGCGGAGAAAAAAGAUUACCGAGGCGCGAAAAGGUUACGCGAGGAGCGACAAUAAGAAUUAUUAUGGCACGAGCCUCGACCAGCGCACAAUGCGACUCCAUCGCCACGUAUAUGGAUGGUGUUCAGGUGAAGAUAGCAGAGGCUUACAAGUCACCCAAUAAAAUUGCCCUGCCCACGGCUUAUUACAACAAAUUGCCUGACCUCUCGAAAUUAACGUAUGACUUUAGUUUGGAAAAAAGUGUCCUCAAUAAGAUGAAAGAAUGGAGAAAAGCUCGAGUAUCUUACACAGAAGCCCGCAGAGUUAGAUUGGAAGAGAAACGUAAAAAAGAAAUUGAAAAAUCCCCACCUCCAUCAUCUCCGAGUCCUGAAUCAAUUGCACUACCUGUCAAAGUAGCUCUUGCUCCCGAAGCAACAAUAUUAACACCUCAACCACUAUGCUCUCCUGCAAAUGACACCCAAAAUCACGUGAAAGCCAAUGGACUUGAUUAUUCCGAUUUUGAUAACGAUACGAGUAGUCCAUUCGAUAAUAUGGAGCUGAAAACUAUUAAUGAAAUGGAAGAAUUGGCACAGGUACUGCAACCAACUACAUCACAAUGGGCACCUACUACAAAUCUUGAUGGUAUAAUGAAUGAUUUAUUAAUGAAACCAAGUGUAAAUGAAAUAAACAAAGAAAGGAAAAUCAUAGAAUAUGGAAAAAAUAAUGAAAAUGCUUCAAAUAAUCAUAUAGAUCUCAAGCAAAGAAUGGUAUCGUCCAUUGUGCAAGAACUUCAAAAAGAGCUGGAGAGGCCGAUCGCUGAGAAUUGUCAGCCGUGGUCUGAUUUUGAAAGUCCUAUCCUUGACAAAAAUCCGGGAAUAUCAGCGAAAAAUUUACGUCCUAUUGAUCAAAAGGAACUGGCCAGAACAUUAGCAAAUCUAUCCCUUGAAGAUCAAAAGUUGGCAAAACGCUUGAGUGAUAUGGGAUUUUCGUUAUCAAGAGUUGCACGCGCUAUUCAUGAUUUAGAAGGACAAGACAAUAAAAAUAUUGUAGAAUACUUGUUAGCCAUUCAAUCUCUUGAAGAUUUUGGAAUGUCGGAAGAUGCUGCUGUAAAAGCUUUAGCUUUAACUCAAUAUGAUAAACAUAAAGCCAAAGUGUAUUAUGAAAGUUUGUGUACUCUCAGAGACUUGGGAUUUCCCGAAGAUAAAGCGUCUAUGGCAUUAUUGAAAUGCAAUAUUGAUCGAGAUAGUGCUCUUGAUUUGCUAAUUGCUUAAUUCCGUGCUACUGCAAUAAACUGUACAUAAGUGUUUGUCGAGUCUCAAACUCGAUACUAAUCAAAUAUCAUUAAAACGUUAUUGCAUAACCGUUUACUGAUUAGUUCCAAUUUACAAACUACUUUUAUACUUGUAAAAUAUUUCAUGGAUGAUUUUUUGUAUAUACAUUAAGUAUUUAAAAUUUUCGUUUUAAAUUGAGUCAAAGUCAAUCUUGGCACACUUUAAGAAUACGACAAUAAAGUGUGGAAUAUAAUUGAGUCGCUUAGAAACGUUGCAUUUAUACAUAUUGAAACUCUCUUGUAAAUAAUAAAUUUUGAU